CUUAUUUUUGACUUUGGACCUAAGCUUGCUGAUGAAUAAGACUCGCCCUGUCACAUGCAGCGGAAUCAGAUCCCAGAGCCGUGGAACUGCGAGGCUGUGGUGUGGUUCGCUCCUGAAACACCCCUCAAGGCUCGUGUGUUUAGAGGGGGGACUCUAGGAGGGUGAGUGCACCCUGAAGGCUCCAGCUUCCUCAGGGACAGACCUUUGGUGGAUUCGGGAUCUGAUGACCUGACGGAGCUCACCUGGGACAUGUUGAAGGGUCAUGGGGUGCAGCCUCAGGGACUCUGUCAUGUGCUCAGCCCUUCCCUUGCUGGGUCCGUUUCUGUCCUUGUGCCAUGAGGUGAGGCGAGCUCCUCUGCCGCCCCCUUCCCUCCACCUCAGGCCCAGAAACAGUGGAACCAGUAGAAAUCUCUGAAAGCCUGAGGUGAUGUGACUCUUCCUCCUUCAAGGUAUUUUUCUCCGGUUUCUUUGUCUACGCGUCGGUUCUGACAGGUGCGGUGUGCAGACAGAAGGUCUGUGAAAGCCACUUCACGCUUCUCUGGAAGCUGAACGUCUCCUUCCGUCUUUCCCACUUCACCCUUCAGCCUUCCCUCUCUGAGGCACCAUGUUCUGCUUAUGAGAUGCCUGUGAAGUAAAGGAAAGGCAUCCGGCCCCGGGAGCCCCUGUGAUUCCAGCCAGGCUCAGGGAGGCCUCAGGAGCUCGCCUCCCCCAUCCUUCCAUGCCAGGGCAGCUGACGGGGACUGGUUUCAGUGGCUUUGCUCUGUCUCUUGCCUGGCACAGUGAUACUCUCAGCAGAAGACCUGGCACUGCGGAGAGCCAGGCAGGAUUGGCGGCGGGCACAGCAAGCACCGAUGAAGGAGCAGAAAGAGCUGAUCCAGACCCUCCUGGAGGCCCACACGAGCCACAUGGCCACCAUGUUCGACCACUUUGUGCACUUCAAGCCUCCAGCUCGCCUCUUCAGCCACCACCGGCCUUUUUCUGCCCUGGACCCUGUGCUGCCUCUGCUCACACACUUUGCAGAUAUUGACACCUUCAUGAUACAGCAGAUUAUCAAGUUCGCCAAGGCUCUGCCCUUCUUCCGGUCCCUGCACAUGGAGAACCAGAUCUCCCUUCUCAAGGGCGCAGCGGUGGAAAUAUGUCACAUUGUGCUCAAUACCACUUUCUGUCUCCAGACACAGCACUUCGUGUGCGGGCCUCUUCACUACAGGGUGGAAGAUGCAAUCUAUGCAGGGUUCCAGGAAGAGUUUAUGGAGCUGGCCGUUGGUUUCCACAGGACGCUGAAGCGCCUGCAGCUACAGGUACCCGAGUAUGUGCUCAUGGCCGCCAUCGCCCUCUUCUCUCCCGGUGAGCAGCCCACAGCCCCAAACUUUAGCCCCUUGACUUCAGCCACCUCAGUCAAACCUGCAGCCUCCCCGACCUGCCCUUCCCUGCUCCCCGGGGGUCUUGCAGAUCGGCCUGGAGUCACCCAGAGGGAAGAGAUCGAGCAGCGGCAGGAGAAGAUGGCCCUGACUCUGGACAGCUACAUCAAGGAGCGGGAGCAGCAGCCGAGGCCUCGGAAAAGGUGUGUUAGGGAAACAAGCUCUAGGCAAAUGCUUGUCAUCGCCAUUUCCUUUGGGAGACCAUGGGGAAUCUGCUCUUUCCCUCCGACCGUCCUUGCCCCACAGACUUCCAGCAUCCAAGCUGUUCUUACUGCUGUUUGUCGUCCCUGAGACAAGAUAACCGACACUCAAAGCUCAAAGAGGAAAGGUGUACUUAGUUCACAGUUUGUAGAGGUUCAGCCUGCGAUCGGCUGGCUCGAAGACAGGGCGGCACGUGGCAGAGGGGCAGCAGUGCAUGGCGGCUGAAAGGAGGCAGCAAGACCACAAAGGACCUUAACAGCGUCUUCCUGUCCCUUCUGUCUAAUCCACGUAGGGCGGCAGCUCUCACACCCUCAAUCCUAGUGCCCAGCACUGCACCACGAAUCGGUCACACACUCUUGACCCAGCCACCUCUGAAAAAGCCCCGCCUCAUUGCCUGAGCUUUGGGGGACAUUUACACACAGCCAUUGGGCCGUUUCAUUCACUCCCCCCAACUUUCUAAUGCAGUGGAGGUGCCAUAGCUCACAGGUUCUGCGGGACAGCAUUCUUGAGGUUGAUGACAGCCGUCUCCUCGCCUCUCCUUCCUCUCCAGACCAAUGCACGUUGGGAAAAGUCCGUUCACUCUUCCUUGGCCCCUCUGCUUUCUCCAUUAGGCCAACGCCUUGACAUUUUCUUGUCCCUCCAAGGGAUGUGAGUUUUCAUGUUGUUCAAUGGUUUCACAGCCAGUCCGGGCUCUGAGGCGUGCACUGCCUGUUUUUAUUCAUGCCUCAACAAGUCAGUUUGCCAGCAAGGGGGCGUUUUGUACAUAGAACAACAUAUCUACCUUCUGGAACACACUGUGGAAUCCGGACCCUCGGGUUCUACACAGUGGAGUUCUGGCCCACCGGACAUUCCGCACACCUGGGCCUCAGAGCCCCGGGCUCAGAAGAAGCUAGUCACGCGAGAGAAGACAGUGUCAGGCACAGCCCCGCUGGGGACCUCCAGAACUUCGGUAAAUCUGUCCUAGCAGAGCCUGGUUUUCUCUAGUGAGUGGACGUAGCUCCAUCGGAGCGUUGCGGGGCUCAGGCCUUCCAGAUAGACUCCCAGGUGCUUCAUUUCCCUUUUCUGUUCCUGCUGACCUCGC